CAUCAGAGAGCCGAUAUUGUGUACAAAACUUAGCGUGCUGCUUUGGAACAUGUCACAAAUAGCUGACGAAAUGGCAGAUGAGCAAGAAGAGAUGCUGCAGGAUUCUAGCGGGGAUGGCUCUAGCGAUGAAGAUGAUGAUAUCAAUGAACAAAGAGAGGGGGAGUUGAGAACGAAAGUAGAGGAAAUCAGAAAGCAGUUGGAUGGGAAUGAGCUGUAUUAUGAUGGCCAUGUUAAUCUGAUAACUGCUUUGCGAGAACUCAUGGAGUUAGAGGAGGCACGCAAAGCAAGGGAAAAGAUGAGUGAAGUUUAUCCACUAACUCCAGAAUUAUGGCUGGACUGGAUUCGUGAUGAACAAAAAAUUUGCUCAACACCAAAGGAGAGGGAGUACAUUGUUAAUCUCUUUGAACGAGCUGUUAAAGAUUAUACCAGUGUGCAGGUAUGGAUGGAAUAUGUUAUGUUCAUGCUGGGAGGAGGAGACAACACCGUAACAAGAACAGUUGGAGAAAAAGCUCUUACUGCUGUUGGAACACAUGUAGCUGAGGGCCUUCUUGUUUGGCAAGUGGUGCUCUUAGUGGAGAAACAGAUUUACAGUGGACUUCAGAGACCAGGGACAGUUCAAUCUGAGGAAGACAUGAAAGCCCAAGAAAAGCAGCAGAAAAGAAUACAAAGCUUAUACAGAAGACUGAUUCGUGUUCCUUUGCUCAAUGCUGAUUAUCAACACCUGAUGGAGGAAGCAGCUGAAUUUUUUGAAGCUGAUUUUGAUGUGCACAUGAAAGCUGAUUUGGAAAAAACAAAGCAGAAACUGAAUGAAAAGAUCCCCUUUGAAGAGAAAUUGUUACAAGCUGGAAAUGACACCAGUAAAUUGGCUACAUAUCGGCUGUACAUCCAAUACUUACAAGAGAAUGACAAUCCAGCUGCUACGCAAAGUUUAUAUGAAAGAGCUGUCUCAGAUCACUGCCUUGAUGCCAGUUUAUGGGAGGAAUAUGUUAAGUUUGUGAUUCGACAGUUUCCUGACCUGGACUAUGUGGUUUUGCCCAUAUGUGAGAGAAGCCAGAGAAACUGCCCUUGGUCAGCUGCUUUAUGUGAGCUACACAUCUCCGCAUUACAGCUGUUCUCUGUUGGGGAAGAAACAAAAACAUUUAUGAAGAAAGUUAAAGGGGCACUGGAGAAAGGCCUAGGAUCUGGUCUUCAAUCUGGCAGCGAGGCAACAAGAAUGUGGAUGUCAUAUCUAGUGUGUCAGAGAAGGUUGAUUAAGUGGGACCAGGAGCAUGCAGGAGAACUGGAUGCCCUCAGGGAAUCUGGACAGCAAGCAAUAACAAUGAUUGACAGUUACUUUGGAGAAAGUGGUGACAUUGAGAGUGAAAUUCCUCGUUUCCUUGCACGGAUAGAGGCAGAAUUUGCAAAGAAUAUGGAGAGAGCCCGUGAAAUCUGGAAUGACAUAAUUAUGAAGCGAAACAACAACUUCAAGAAUGUGAGCUUGUGGCUUGAGUUCAUCAAUUUGGAAAGGAGUUAUGGAACAGAAAAGCAUUGCCGCAAACUCUUCCGGCGUUCUUUGGAGCGUGUUUGGGACUGGGUGGAGAGCAUUGGUAGUGCAUACCUCCAUUUUGAGCAAGAAACUGGUACUAUCGAAUCCAUGGAGGAUUUUCAGAAAAGAUAUGAAGAUAGGAUGGUGAUUGUAAAUAAGAAAAGAGCAGAAGAUGCUGCCAAAUUUGGGGAAACAAAUGAGAACCAAGAAAGAAGACAUCAGAGAGACAAAGGGAAACGGCAAGAUAAAAAGAGACAAGCUUUUGUGCAGCCGGAAACUGCAACUUUUAAAGCCCCACAUCCUGUAUCAAAACGUAAAGAUACUCAAAAUCGCAAAGUCAGCACACCACAUGAAGGCUCAAAUGGUAAUGAUGCUCCUCAAAGUGCAGAGAGUGCAGUCAUGCCACCACCACCAGGGCACAAGGAGGAUGUGACUCCACCACCUGGCUUCAAAGACGUUGUAACACCACCUCCAGGCUUUAAGAGUGAUGUUCCUCCUCCUCCUGGCUUCAAAGAUACCAUAACACCACCACCUGGCUUUAAGGAUAGCAGCUCUCCACCACCAGGCUACACAGGGUCCUCUUCCAAGGCUAAGAAGAGAGAAAGAGAAGAUUACACAGAUACUGAGCAUGAAGUUAAAAAAUUAAAAGUGGCAGAGCUGCAUGGUGUGCGGAUAAAGGAAGAUGACUGUGAAGACCUGUGUACUGUUUUCCUUAGCAAUUUAGAAUUCAGUGUUGGGAAAGAGGAAGUGGUUCCAAUAUUUGCCAGCUGUGGAGAAGUAAAGGACUUCAGGUUGGUGAAGGACUACAAAUGCCGUAGUAAGGGCUUCGGGUACCUGGUGUUUAAGACACAAAGUGCAGCAGCAAAUGCUUUAAAGUAUGACCGUACUGCAAUUAAAGGACGCCCAAUGUAUGUAUCAGCAUAUGAUCCUGAUGGCCACACUCAUCAGUUCCAGUAUUCUACAGGUUUAGAGAGAGAGAAGGUUUUUAUUAGGGGCUUGCCAUUCUCGCUAACAGAAGAAAAAAUUAAAGAACUUUUCAUUUCACAUGGUGAGAUCAAAGAAAUACGGCUUGUCACUUACCGCAACGGACAUUCUAAAGGACUUUGCUACCUAACAUAUCCUAAUGCAGAAACAGCAGAAAAGGUUGUCAAAGCAAUGGAUGGCACUGAAAUAGAAGGCAAGAUCAUAUCUGUCAUGAUAAGUGAUCCUUCUAACAAAAUGAAGCCAAAUGAAGGAAAUGCCAGUACCAAUCCAGCUGUGAAAAACAGUGAAAAGAAAGUACCAGGAUCACGAGGGAAAGGUAUGUUCAACUUAAUGCCCAGAUCAUUGAUGCGUGCCACAUCUACAGCUGAACCCACUUCAUCAGAACCAGAAACUCCAAUCAAACCCAAGAGUAACGAGGACUUUCGUAAAAUGUUUUUGAAGUAAAUUAACUUUUCCCAUGUUUUUAUAUUUAGUUUAAUAUACUUGUGUACUAACUAACAAAAAAAUGCUGAGAUAUGUUUGUACAACGUAUAAGAUUAGUUUGACCAGUGAAGGACUAAUAAACAAGUGAAAAAUUGUGAA